AUGUUUGCCGGCGGUUCAGAGGACGCAAUUACCCCAUUAAGUUUUGCCGGGUUCUGCGCCAUGCGUGCAAUGUCUACGCGCAAUGAUGAACCGCAACGGGCAAGCCGUCCAUUUGAUAAGGAGCGUGAUGGGUUUGUGAUGGGAGAAGGGGCAGGUGUGCUAGUCUUGGAAUCCCUCUCACACGCCUUGAAACGCAAUGCCUCUAUCUAUGGCGAGAUUGUUGGCUAUGGGAUGAGUGCUGAUGCGUAUGAUAUGGUGCACCCGAGCGAAAAUGGAGAAGGUGCUGCCAAGUCAAUGGAAUUGGCACUCAAGGAUGCCCAAAUCGCACCGGAGGACGUUGAUUAUAUCAAUGCCCACGGCACCUCAAACCAGCGGGCGACAUUGCAGAAACACUUGCCGUUAAAGCACUUUUUGGAGAUCACGCCAACCGGCUUGCCAUGA